GGGAAUGAAAAAAAGUGUAGCCAUGCAUGCAGGAGUGGGAGGAUCCACUCGCCUCAAUCUCGAUCUCAGACUUUUGCAGCGACAGGAGCACAACCAGCCAACCGUCUCUGUGACUUCCAAAGAGUUACUGCCGGGACAUCUACAUACACUCUCCUAAUAUUUUUUUGGGGGGGAGACAUUUGUUGUCAAGUUUGACUUCUAUUUUUUUUUUCUCGCCCUUGACUAAAGUGUUAUCCCGUGAAGAGAUCCCUCUCCCCGCUCUCUCCCGUCGGCUUGAGGACUAGAAGAUAAAGCUUCCUCGGUCCUCUGAUCCUAACAGGUCUGGUGUCGCUGGAGCGCCUCUCCGCGGGAGAACAGUCCGAGACGUGCAUCAUGCUGGACGGCAUAAAAAUUGAAGAUCACCCCCUGCGAUCGGGACAGGCCACGCUCGGAGUCAUGCUCGUCUUUGAUUCAGGGCCUUCUCUCUUUCCUGACGGGGCCCCGGCUCUCCUCUGCCGUUUUCCAGGGACCGACUGUCAUCAUCCAUCCGUGUGUGAAGGAUGCCAGCGUCCCAUCUCCGACCGCUUCUUGAUGAGGGUCAACGAUUCCUCAUGGCACGAGGAGUGUUUGCAGUGCACCGUGUGUCAACAGCCUCUCACCACCAGCUGUUACUUCAGAGAAAGGAAACUUUACUGCAAACACGACUACCAACAGUUGUUUGCGACCAAGUGCAGUGGCUGCAUGGAGAAAAUCGCCCCCACAGAGUUUGUGAUGCGCGCUCUGGAGUGCGUCUACCACCUGAACUGCUUCUGCUGCUGCGUGUGCGACCGGCAGCUGAGGAAGGGCGACGAGUUUGUCCUGAAGGAGGGCCAGCUGCUGUGCAAGAUCGACUACGAGAGGGAGAAGGACUUACUCAGCUCGGUUAGCCCGGAUGACUCAGACUCAGAGAAAAGUGACGAUGAGGAGUUGGACAUCAAGCCGGAGAAAGGCAUUGGAGGCCAGGGGAAAGGGGACGACGGGAAGGAUCCCAGGAGGCCCAAAAGACCACGAACCAUCCUGACCACUCAACAAAGGCGGGCCUUCAAGGCCUCCUUUGAGGUGUCCUCAAAACCCUGCAGAAAGGUGAGGGAGACGCUGGCUGCGGAGACAGGACUCAGUGUCCGGGUGGUGCAGGUGUGGUUUCAGAACCAGAGAGCUAAGAUGAAGAAGUUGGCAAGAAGACAGCAGCAACAACAAGAACAACAGAAUUCUCAGAGACUUGGCCAAGAGGUGAUGUCCAAUCGCAUGGAGGGGAUGAUGAACUCCUUCACGCCGCUGGCUCCGCCACAGCAGCAGCUGGUCGCCAUGGAUCAGAAUGGUUACAGCACAGACCCGUUCCAACAGGGGCUCACCCCCCCACAGAUGCCCGGGGACCACAUGAACCCAUAUGGUAAUGAUUCUGCAUUCCAUGACAUAGACAGCGACACGUCUUUAACCAGCCUCAGUGACUGCUUCAUGGCAUCGUCGGAAGUCAACUCCAUGCAGGCUCGCGUGGGGAACCCCAUCGACCGCCUCUACUCCAUGCAGAACUCUUAUUUCGCAUCAUGAAAGAGAAGAGUGAAAAAAAGAACAUCAGCACAGAAUAAACUGCCCAUCUCAACCGAAAGCGCGAUGGCCAGGAGUUUCUACACCAACACGGACACGACAGAAGAAACACCUCCUUGCAGUAGCUCCUGGUUAUGUGCUGAAGCUUACUCAAAGAUAGUAAAACCACUUGUUGUAGGACAGUGAAGAUUCCUGGGGAAAAAGACUUAAAUAUUGUUAGAGAUUAUUCAGUAGGAUUGCUUAUUUGUCACAGGAGAUCUUUUCUUUGUUCACUUAAAGAAAACAAGUAGAUAUUGAAGCCACUUAUUACACACUCUCAAACCAAAUAACACAGUGAAUUUAUACAGUGCAUGAUCAAUUGUAAACUAAAACUUUUUGUAAGCCCCCCCUGGUUAAGAUGUGGUGUUUGGACUGUUUCUUCUUUACACUACAUGGAUUUCCAUGUUCACCGUUAGCAUUUUGAUCACUUUCAAUAGGUUUAGAUAUUGUGUUAAUAGUGAAUAGGUGCAGCAUGUCUGCAAGAGUGACUGUACAUUUGUGUAUGUAUGAGAGUUUGUGGUGAGAAAGAAUUGUUUAGAGGAGAAAAAAGUGGAGAAUUCGGUGGACAAGUAGGAUCAGUGAAGUGUAAAUACUCUUCCCAGGCAAAUUGGAUGUGCAUGUUAAAAAUGGAAAGCAUUCUAUUUAUUUAACUAUAACAGGCUCUUGAAGGUGCAUAUUAAAACUGAAAAGCUUUAUUUAAAAAGGAGAGAGUUUUUUUUUUUGUUGAGCAAUUAGUGAGUUCAUGAGUAUCACAACUCAUCUGUAAGCCUUUUUAAUAUGAAGAUUAACCCUUUUGUUUUGUUUUUUCUUCAGCCAAGCUGUAAAUGAGCAAUGUUGCUAUUUAUUUCGUACAGACCAUAAACCUUUUUGUUGUCAUUGUCAUAUGUGCAUUCUCAAAUUGUUAAAGUUGCUAAUUGACCAAAGUUGACUGGUUUGAUGAAUAAACAAUGUCUUUCUCCUGAUAACAUUAAAAUAAAUGCCAUUCAGUGAUCA